AUGCGCUUUCUUGCUGUCGCUGCCGUCGGGCUGGCUUCCCUCCUCCAUUUUGCGGCGCCGCAAGAUCUUUCUGGUCUUCCCGCUUGCGCCGUGACCUGUGCUGUCAACGCCAUCUCCAGCACUGGUUGUUCAGCCACCGAUGCAGCAUGCGUCUGCACGGCGACCAGUUUCCUGAGUGGAGUGUAUACUUGCAUUUCCGGUGCUUGCAAUGCUACUGACAUAGCGGCAACUCUCCAAUUUGCCGAACAAUACUGCGGCUCGGCAGGCGUCAGCAUCACCCUUCCCACGGCUUCCCCAUCUGCUGGCCCGACUUUCACCCCAAGCUCAAGCAGUGUUCCCGCAUCGACCUCCGCGACCUUGACCAGCAGCUAUGUGCCGGCGAGCGUCACUCCGGCUGCAACCUUCACUGGUGCCGCGCAGAUGCUGAAGCAACAGUGGGCCAACGUCGCUGGUGUCGCUGGUGUCGUCGGACUGGGUGUCGCCGCUCUACUGUGA